AUUUUAUGUCUCCGUUUCACUUAUAAUACAUUGCAACAUUAUUAUGUUGACUUCACAUCAGACCUUCAAUGGAACACAGUGCUCCGAGGCGAAAUCGGUGAUUUUACUUGUAAAUAACGCGUCUAACUUUUCGAGAAUAGAUCAUUAUCAAUGGCUUCUAAAACGAUUAUUUCAGCCUCUGAGUCUGGAGAAUGAUAAUAGCAUUCAAGUACUCCAUGUAUCGAAUACGCCUUUAGCUUCUUUAAUACAAAAUCAAAAUGAGAGGAAAGCAAGCAAAAUAUAUACACCACAGGAUUUGCCAGUUUUAAAAACAGAUAAAAGCUACAAACUUAUGCCCCAUUCUCGUAUAAUCACGUUCAAUACAAAAUAUCGAUUUGUAUUUCUUUUGGAUGUCACUUCUUCUCUGACUACCAUUGAUUGUAACAGUACAAAAGAAGAUAUUGUAAUGUCUGAAGUGGUGCAAACUACUUGUCGUUGUCUAGAAGGGCUUGUCCAGCCAUUUAUAAUUCAAGAUUUGGAUAAUGAUAUGGCUUUGCAGUUCGAACCCGAAAUAUCAAUUACCAUUAUUGCUGAAUGUUCUAAUUUUGCAUCAAAUGCAAACCUCAUUCCUAAGUUGGCGGAGUUUCCUACAAUGAGAGUCCUUUUGCAAGGAGUUGUUGUUAAUAGAAAUAACGUAUCUGAUAUAAUUAAUAAUUUAAACUCAGAAUUUGCUCAUUUUCAAGAUGAAGUUGCUGAAUUUCGACAAAAACUUCGUAGAACUAAAUUUCCCGCCACAUAUGUUAUGGAAGUUAUGCAUGAAUCAGAUACUAGCGUGUCAUACCUAGAUAAAAUAUGGCGGUUAGGAUUAAGUGGGGGUAAUCUAGCUUACAGCUUAAAUGCUGGUUUGAUUGCUAUAAAUUUAUUGCCUAACGAAGGAUUUCCUGCACUAAUUGUAAUUACGGAUGGUGUUGUUAACUCAAACCUGGCUCAGAUGUCACCUGACGACGACAUCAUUCAACAACUUUGUAAAGAAGGUGUUAGGUGUAAUAUUAUUCAAAUUGGACCUCGUGAGGAAUAUAGUUUUGGGUUGCUUCCUGAUAAUGAAAUAUUGCAAUUUGUUGCUAUGGCAACAUCAGGGAUUUUUCUUUAUUCAGCAGAUUGCCCAGAUGUGCAUGAUGUUAAAUCUUCAAAUGUUCCCUUAUCACAUAAUUUUUAUCAUAAACAUUUACUAAUGAUUGAAGCCUAUUUUACUCGAAAAAGGAGUUCUCCGCGUCAAAUUUUUGACGAUAACUAUAAUUUUCCAUGGGACCCAAAAAGUCAACCACCAGCGGUCGAAGCCAUGUCAACGCGAUAUCGAGAAUAUUCCCUUUCGAUUGAUGUUAUGCAACUUAUAUUCGCUCGUAUGCGCAAUGGAUUUAUUAUUGAAAGCAUAGUUCCAGUGACAGGCAGAAACGUUAAUGAAGCUGAAAGGGUUCACAUAACAAUGACACGUUUUUGGCAACCUAAUGUUACAAUUCAAUAUAAAAUUAAAGCAUUAUGGAUGGGAGAAGUUUAUGGAUUUUCAAGACUGAAAUCACCAAGAAUUGAGAUCAAUGUUGUAGCUGAUACUUUAUUUGCAAUAUAUUUGAUAAAUUUUCAGAGAGCUCAACAAAAUAAUGAUCCUAGUCACCCACUCUUUUUAAAAUGUAUCAGGCUGCAUAAAUUCAUGACAAUGAUAUACGAAACAGAUGAGCUAUUGAAGAAGCACGUUUUCCCCAAAAUAACUAAGGAAAGUAAUAAAUUACCAUUUCAUCGGAUUGCGAUUGGUAAUGGUAUUUCUCCGCGGUUGGGAAUGUUAAAACAAUUAUGGGAUUCCUUUGAACAAAAUCCGAUGCGACGUAAUACAAACAUUUGGUAUGAUGAAGCCAAAUUCGAUAUUUUAAUAUCCGGAGAGCCAUCAUCUACUAUUACAUCCGUGAAUAGGCUAUUGGAUGAUCGACAAGAUAAGAAUGCUUUCUCAACUUUAAAAGAACGGUUAAAAACUACAUGGUCAAGCUCUACAUUUUCCGAUAAAGUAUAUGUUAAAACUUUUCAUCCUAUAGAAGGUGAUAAAAUUCCUCCAAUAAGUUUUUGCGAGCUUAGAAUCAAUAAAGAAUCUGGAAAUCUUGUUACUGGAAAUUUGUUAUUCUUUAACGUUGAAGCGGUUCGACGUCAACAAGUGCUAGAAAAUUUAAUCAACCUUGUUAAUGAACUAAAUUCAUAUGAAGUAAAUGAACCAUUAUUCUACAUAUGUAGAAGACCUUUAUCUUCCUUUCUUAUUCGGGAUUCAGAAACAGAGACCGAAAUUUCGUCAGAUAACCGUCAUGUUACAGGCCGAAGUUGUAUUGUAAAAUCUUACUUAAGGCAUUGGCGGUGGACUUGGAUGUCUGACAUCGAACAUUAUGUUUUUUUAAUGGAUUAUAGGAAUAUUCCAAUCCGAGAUUUAGCGUUUCAACGUCUCUGUCAAUCACGUUUAGAUGAAGGAUGUCUACUUAUAUCCGAAAUUAGUAAUAAAAAAAUAUUUUAUCAGGAACUGGAACUUAAAGGUAAUUCAGAUAUAGGCACAUCCGCUAAUCAAGGUAGAAUAUAUGGUGUACAGCAUCAUAUAUACAAGGAUCUACAUACUAGAGAAAUUAUAACCGAAUUAUGGAUGGAACCUUCGCAGCAGCCUCUCUUAAGAGACCUUUAUGAAUCUGUUGCUUAUAAAAUAUCAGCAAUAGACCGUCAAAUAUUAUCUCAAUUAGUGACUUUCGAUCAAAUACACUAUAUUGCAAAAACACGCGUGUCACAUCGUAGGAAUUCAUACGGCUUAGCUCUACCUAAGCCAUCCCAUCUCCCGAGCUUAUUCAAUCUUCCUGUAUUACUCAAAUCGAGUGGAUUACUAAUCGCCAAUUAUAAUAUUCCUUCUUUCAAAUCUUUAUCCAAAGUUAAUUUGCAAUCUGUUAAACAAUCAUCAUCUAUGAACAGUGAAGCCUCUAGUUAUGAAGAUCUAAGAUCUCUGGAGUCAAGCCCUUAUAUAAGGAAAGGUAGCAUAAGCAAUAGAAAUUUGUCAUAUAUAGAAGCGGCACAGCAAAAGAAAUUGUCCCUCUCGUUACCCAAAAACCCAACUAUUGAAGUAACUUACAUUAUUGAUCGCGCCUCUAUUGCGUCAUUAAGUCCUUUAGAUCGUGACUUUGCUUUAUUGCAUCUUUUUGUUGAAAAGACUCUAACCAAUUAUGCAGACGGAGAAGUUGAUACAAGUAAUAUUGAUUCUAAAGAUUCAAUAUUAAAAGAAAUUAUUAGUGGGUUGUCUAAAACCGACAUUUUUCAAGAAACUUCAACUACAAUAGCAUAUAUCAAGAAUUUAAGAGAGUCUCGAUGCUUCAUAAAAAUUGUUGAUUUUAGUUCAUUUAUUCUAAUAAUUAUUCCAUCGUUUAGGGUUAUAUUAGAUAUUAUGAAACAAAAUCGCGGAUUUCAAGUUGACAACAAAUCGUGUUUUAUGAGUAUAAUAAUAUUUUUAUGUAAAAGACCCCAAGUUCGAAGUGAUUCUAUAAACAAGUCACUAGAUUCUAGUCGAGAUCAGGCCCUAUCUUUUGAAACUAUUUCUUUAUUUCAUAAAGCUGUAACUUCAACUAAAAAUUCAUUAGAUCCUAGUUUGUUAAGUGGUUCUUUUUCCGAAAAUUUCUCUAAUUCGGAUCUUUCAGAUCAGGCAACACAAAUCACUUUAAAUAUUACACAGUUAUAUUCUCAUGGAUUUGUUAAGUCUGUAUACGCUAGUGUUUUACAAAGACAUAAAGUUACAAAAACUGAUUUUCUUAAAGCGAUUGACACUUGCGUAGAAACUUCUGUUGAUAUAGAUAUCACAGGGUAUGUCAAUGUACAUGUAAAAGCUUCUCGAGAGAGACCAGAUAGUGAUGAUGUCGACGACGUAUAUCAAAAAUUUGUUGCUGUACUUGGUCAUUACUUUGAACCGGCCAAUUUUGAUGGAGAUGAAUUGCAAAAUAUAUAUUAUUAUCGGCCAAAUUUCAAAAAACCAAAUUCGUUGUCUAUAGAUAACGAAAAUGCUGCUGAUAUUGCAGGAAGCUUUCUGGAUGUUUUUAAUUAUGCAGAUAAUCCUUUAUUUUUACGGCUUGAAUGCACCCUCAAGAAACCGGCUUCAACCCGUGUGCUUGAGAAUAUUGAUUACGCGCAUAGAGACUAUAGACCAGGAGAAUCUAGUUUCGUGAAAUUUCCUGUUUCAAGCUUGCCAACAAGUUAUUCGUGUACAGUGGAUGGCAAAUUUUACGAUUUUUCUCCAGAAUCAAUCGGGACAAAAACAUCUCCUGUGGAAUCCUCUGAUGGCACUACCGCUACCUUGCAUCUUAUUUGUUUGACUUUGCCUAAAGUUGAUAAUGAAAUUGCCGAAAUAGCUCUAGGUUUCGUUGAUCUCAGAACGGAUGAUAACGUGACAAGUGCCUUUGAAAGUACAAAAGAAAAUAUGGAUUCACUUACUACUGACAAACAAGAAGCUCUGGCAGAGACUCGACAUCGUAUUGAUUGGUUAUUAAGAGAGGAAAUAAUGCAUGGACUAUUGAAAUCGCAACCUGUAGAAAAAUUGGUCCUUUCAUAUAUUCAAGCACAGUUGAAACAUAAAAAUCCGUUUGUCGAUUUUCCGACUACUUUUAAUGUUCCAUUAUCCUUUGUUAAUGAUGAAAAAGGACAGGAAAGAUUCUUAAAAGAAUUUAGUAAAACUAAUAUGUCACCAUAUUCAUUAAAUCAAGUUGAAGGCUGCUUUUAUAUAAGCGAAGAUGAAGAGAGGAGUGAACCUAUAAUUGUCAAUAGUAUGUCUGAUUUUGAUUCAAAUAGAAUCUCUGAAAAUUCAUCUCUUAAUAUUCUGGAAGAUACGUAUGACGAUAAUUAUCCUGAUGAGGAUAGCGAUAUUUGCCAAGGUCUUGGAAUUAGUAUUUAUUCCCUUGAUGAAAAUGAUACUAAAUUAGAUCAUCAAAAUGUUAAAUCUGUUAAGAGACAUGUUGUACAUAAACAAUUGUUUUGGUUGUUGCUUAUCCCACAAGAAACUUGUAUACAAAUGUAUUUCUAUUCAAAGGCGGUUUCAGCAAUCGAACGUGCUAAUAUAAUCAAACAUGUGCGAAAUUGUAUAAUACAAAUUUCCGAAAAAGUCAAUAGAUUAGUAUUAUUAGACGAACUAUGUUAUUUACGUAGCUGUAGCAACUUUUUGGUUCCUUCUGACGGUUCAUCGGAUUCUGAGGGAGAGUUUUCAUCUGACUUGGUUGACGUGCUUUCAAUGGCACCAAAUGAUGGGAAUGUGACUGUUUCGAAAAAAUUUAGACCAGGGCAGUUUGAAUGUCCAUUGGUUUAUAAACAAUCGUUUCCACUCCAUUGGCGGCUAAAACCGAACCAAGCAUUAAAUGGCAUUGCAUCAUCUGUGCUUAAUGCAUUUGAAGUUUCUAAUAGAAAAAAUAUGUAUGUAAUAAGGAGCGAAGAUUAUAUCGUUUAUCUCAAAAUAUUUGAAGUAGAAGUAUCCUCAACUUAUAUUGUUGAUGAGAAUUUUGAUGAUUCUUCUCGAUUUUCGAAUUUGGAAUCACAAUCAAAUAUUCAUGUUACUGAUGAAUCACGAAAACCUCCACCAAAAAAUGAAGGAAGUCCACGCAAAUCGAAUGCUCAAGCUAGAGUAACAGAUUCUCGAGAAUUAGUCGUAGAAGUUUUUGGUUUGGAUACUCCAGGCAAAGAGAUAACCGAAAAGUUAAUGGAAUCGUUAGAAAAAAGAUUGAUUUCAAACAUAACUCUUAAUGUUAUGUCUACCUUUCUUGCUCGUAAUCUUAAAGUAAAUCCAACUCGAGCGGAUGUAGAUUUUAUUUUACCUAUUCAUAGAACUCCCCAUCGCCUAUCUUUAAAAGCACCAUCAUGUAUAAGAAAUAUUUAUGCUUUCUUGGUGUAUUUUAGACAAAAUAUUUCUUUGUACCUCAACACUUUACAAGGACCAGAAGUGACGAACGCAAUAAAGCGUCAUUAUAACUCAAACUAUGGAACAACCGAAUUUCCAGAUUCGACUUCUGACAGCGGGAGAAAAACUCCAACAACAAAUAAUAUCCAACUUCAUGAAUUUGUCUUCUUUUAUAACAAUAACAACCAAUCUCGUACACAUCCUUUUGAGGCAUCAGUCGGUCAAGGGAUUGCAGGACUCUGUUUCACUUUAUUGAAUCGACAAGGUCAGCCUGUUUUUGAACUUUCGGUUCCUGAUACUGUUGAUUCGGACGACAUAGAUUUGAAUAAGAUUUUAGAAUACAUUUCUAACGAUGAGGCAUUAAUAGUUACGGACUCGAAUAAUGGUUCGAAUUAUAAUAUUUUAGACGCUCCUUAUAGGCUAUUAAUAGAGUUAUGGAGUCAUUGUCCUCUUAAUUAUAAUAUCCUACUUAAUAGAAUUACAAAAAGUUUCCAACAGAGUCUUUGUGAUUACUUCAUUGAAGUAUCUAUAAGUAAAGGAUUGGGCCGCGUUUCUGCUGAUAACAUUAUCCAGAUGACAAAAAAUUUAGAUCAAGGCGAUCAAUGUAUUAAUGAACAUGUCGAACUGCAUGUUCAACAUAAUUUUGUUGAGCCAGUUUUAGAACUCUUGAACAAAGCAUCUGAUAUGGCAAAUCCGGCAUUGCAUGCAUUGCGUACGAGAUUAGAUAUGCCUUCUUGGAUGAUGGAUAACUUUUUAAAUGAAGUCCACGAACUUUUAGUUGAAGUACAUGAUAUAUUUACUCCAAUUAUAUUGAGAACAAUUCCUACAGCAUUAACACCAAAAUAUGAAAUUUAUCGGCCAAAGCACUCUAUUUCUACUAUGGACGAGUCAAUAUCUGUUCCACAUCAAUAUUUAUUAGUUGCUGGACUUAAAGAGAUGAAUGCAAAAUAUGGUUCACAUAAACCAGACAAUCGCAGAAGCAGUGUGUAUGGAAGCGAUGUGCUACAUUCUCGUAGAAGUUCUACUGAAAAUAUUUCAAAUGAAAAAGCUAAUGUGAUCCAUUCGCGUAAAAGUUCUUGGAUGCCAUUAGCCGUACAAAAGCGUCAUUUAAUUGAGGACAUCAUGAUGCAUACAAUCAAUGACCAUGCCAACCGCAAUACAUCUGAUUUGUUUCGUUCGUGUUUUUUGGUAAUGUCUAUUAAUGGCUUUGACUUAACUAUUUAUACUUAUAAUUGGGAUAAGCAAUAUGCUGAGCAAGUAUUUACUGCAAUGAGAAGAAUUUCUGAUUGGCAUAAUAAACGCAUAGAACUUUUGAAUAAUAUUUUUCAUCAAAAAAUGGGAUUAUUUUAUCAUACAAAUAAUAUAUUUAAGACACAACCUCAGACUCCAUUACCUGUCAACAGCAAUCCUAAUACCCCUAGACUUUCAAUGUCGGGAACAAAUCGUUCGAAUGUUACACCAAAUGGUCAAAGUACGACAACAGAUUUAAUGCACGUAUAUUCUUUAAUAUCUGAACGAUUUCCUCAGCGUCAAAAUAUUGAUAUCCGAUCUGAAGAAAGUAAAAAAAAUUCAGAGGCACGUCAUGAAGUAGGCAAUUCAUAUUCAACCGGAUUGGAAGCAAACCGAUUCAUUUUAACUUCAUCUGAUUUAAAUGACGUAUUAAAAGAUUCUUGUGUUGAAAAAGUAGCCGCAUGUGAUAUUUCUAGUGUGAGUCGGGAUGCACUUAUGAGACAUGGACCUCCAUUUAUAGAAGCAUGUAUAAAACAAGCAAAGAUAAUCCAAGCUCAUGAUAAUGCUGAGAAAGUUUACAAGAAAUGGGAAAAAAGAUAUCAAGGACACAAGGAAGAUAAUCCAGAUACGAACGAAGUAAUAACAAAAUCAGAUUUAGCUAUAAUAUUUCGCACUUCUCGACUUCUGCAUUUUUGCAGAACACCCCUACUAUUUGGAGGGAAGGUUGAAUCAAUACGUUCUUCAGAUAUUCAUACAGUAAUUGCACCUGACCGAAAGGAUAAAACCAUAAUAUCUCAAUGGUAUAAAGAUAUGGUUGAAACUUUUUUGCAGGAAUAUUCUUCCAACUUGGAAAAACUUGGAAUGCAAGUAGUUAUGGGUGGCAAAUCUGGCUUAAUGUUGGUAGAUGAUGGUGACAAAGUGUUUUAUACGUCUAGGUUUUCAGCGCCAGAUAGUCCCGCUGUGUUCUUAUUGAAGGAACUUAAGGGUGGUUCCAUAAUGUGUGAAAUUCGAAUUCAAGAAAUUUUCGUGUGCGUUACUUUAUAUACAUUAAAUCAUGGACGUAGGCUUACGACAGCUCCUGGAGUCGCUGAAAUUGACAGAUACAAUCUAAGAGUAUUUACUGAGGAGUGUGGAAGGUUCAAGAAGAUGAUACACGUUAAUUCUUUUGUUUAUGAUUUCCAUUUGAAAUAUAUCAAGCAUGUUUUGGAAUCUUUGGAAAAUUCACCCUCUUUUAAUGUACUGGAAGUACUUAGGGCUUUCAUUCGUCGACAUUCUCAACCUGCAUAUUUUGCAGCUCAUCGUAUUUAUCAUGAUACUUUUUACAAAGAGUUGCCGACAAUUCCAAAUGAUUUGUUUGAGUACAUUAUAAAAAAUCCUCUGCGAUACGGUUUCCGCUCUACUUAUUAUGAUGGUAAACCAAUUUCUUGCUUUGCCACUUUAAAUGUUACCCCGCAGAAUCAAAUUGCACAUGAUAAUGAAACAACCUACAGUACAUUAAUUUUUACCGAAAGAAAUCAAUUUGAUAAAAGUGUUCCCGGAAAGAUUUCAUUAGAAUAUUUUGUUAUUGUUUUGCAAAAUGAUACUGAUACAUCAUUUGAGGCAGAAACCACUGUAAGUUCUUCCGAAUAUAUUCAUAGUCGUCAGUCAACAGAUCUAUCGUAUUUAGACCUUUUAGAGAUAAAAAAUCGUUCGGAAAAUAGACUUGAUUCUAUAAUUUCUCAGGUAUUAAAAAUAUUUACUAAAUUUUAUAUUGUUAUUAUUAUUGAAUUUUUAAAAAUAUAAAUAAUUAAUAUCCUUCAAUUAUUUAAACAGGCAAGUCAAUUUCAUCGACG